AUGCUCGCCAAUGACUUUGAUGAUGAUAAACUACAGCAUUAUUAUCCUUCUCAAGCUUCCGAUAGGUCAUGGAGCGUACUUGGUUCGCAAGAUAUUAGCGAUCGACACCAUGGUUUAAGUACCUAUGUUCCUGCAUCAUUUCCUGAACCGGAAUUUGUUCCAUCGAUUACAUCAUCAACUAAAGAUUUUUUGUAUGAAACAUUUAAAUACGAAAGAAAAAAUGAUAAUGAUAUUACUGGUCGCCCUAAUGAAUACAUCGAUAACGAUUGUUCAGAUUGCCCUCCACCGUCAUCGGACUUGGAUCAAUCUGCUCUUAAUAGUCAAGUUACUAUUACCCAAUCCAAAACCGAAAGUAAUUCUUGGGGAAUUGGUUAUGUUUCAAAUAAAUCACAACUGCAAGAUUUUAUUUUCACAUGCGAAGCGGAAAGAGAGAGUGACGAUCCGGUUUUCGGUGCUGUAGUAAAAGUCUUGCGCAAGCAUUCGGACGAUUCUUUAUCGAAU